ACUGUCGCCAAGGAAAACGUACCGUUUCUUUAUCGUGCUAUUCUGUGUACGGAAGUGAAAUUAUACCUUUUAAAUGGCCGGCUUCAGUUUAACAAUGAAAUACACCAUAGCAUGUGCCCUAGUACUCCUGUGCAUAUCAGCGCUGAUACAGGAAUCAAACGCACGACCCCCCUGGCUGUCACACGGCAGCGGAAUUUUCACUGAGUCAGCGGAGUGUCACACAGAUGAUGAACUCCUGGACCUAUGCCAGCGAUGUGCCAAACUGACAAAGUCCCGGCUGGCAUACCCCGCGUGCUGCUCAACCGACUUGCAAGCAAGGAAAUGGUGCUCCGACUACGUUUACUUCGGUAGGGGGGCGUAUGACUUUUAUCUCAUUUGAGGGUACAUUAUUACUAAUAGUUUUAGUGCGAUGAUGAACUUUGACUCCAAAGACGCGAACAAAGUAAUGCCUACUUUGUCUGUUACGAUAAGUUGUUUAAGUAUAUGAUAUUCUUAUAAUUAUUUUUACUUGUACAUAAUGAGUUUAAGUAUCUAUAUGAUUUUCUAAGCGGUUUGUUUGUAAUUUGCGUCGAACAAGAAGUUUAGUAAAUGUAUCAAAUUACUAAUAAUUUGGCAAAAAAAAAGCUAAUAUUAUUGGAAAUAAUGUAGAAAGGAAGUGUAGUAAGAAACAUCCUACAGCAAGUGCGAGCGACGCGCUGCGACUGCGGUAUUUAUUUACCCAGUGUCUUACCGACUAAACAUCGACUCUGAUUAUAACAAUGAAAUGCAAGCUUUAUAAUAUAUGACAUAAAGGAUAUUUAAAAAAAAAAUAUGCUAGGCGUAAAUGACAAAUGGACCGCGCGUCGCCACAUGCUUCAACUUUAAACAACACUACGUCGUAGGCUUACAUUAAUGUUCGGGAUUCACUAUUACUUUAAGCUACAUGUGUUUAGAAAGUUAAACUAAAGUUAGUUACUUUAAGUUUAAAUUUGAAAAGUUUACUGUAUGUGGCAAGCUAUAAAGCUCAAAUUUCACUGUUAGGUUAGGUGUAGAGUCGGUGAUCAUUUGAUAUACAAUGAUUUAAAUGUCUACUAAUAAUACUUAAUAGGUCAGAUAGAUAAAGAAAAUAUUAUUGUUAAAGGAAUUUAUGGGCAUUAUGAAACACCCUGUAGCGAGUGCAAGUGUCACAGUGUGCUAUCUAUUCGUGUUCCGAACGCAGAUUCUGUAUCUCGAUUGACACUAAAUUAUAUACUCUUUUUUUAUUUUGGCGUGGUGGGAAAGCUUUAUUGCUACCUCCGACCCUUGGGCAGGACGGAGGUUAUGUGGGACUCCCCCCUCUAAAUAGGGUGUAUAAGGUACCACCACGGCGUGUCUCUCUUGUCAGCUCAGCUUUGCAUACCUCCCGGACGACCAUUGUGUACCCUGUAAAUCAAUAUUUUGCAUUCUGAAACCUGAGUUUACAACUAAGUACAUUGCUUCGGUUGGCAGAUAGAACAACGUAAUGUACAAAAUGGUUUGGGUGUUGUUUAAAGGCAACUUUUCAAGCUAAAUUUGAUGUCAACUGAGAUACAGAUUCGUCCUGCAGUUCACACACUCUAGAUAAAAAUAUUGGAAUACAUUUUUAGACCAGCUAUUUCAAAAUUGCAUAGAAAGUGAUAUUAACCUUUUAUCAGUAGUGUUUUCAACUCGAAGUUCUAUAUCUCAGUUCAUU